GUCUCUAUAAGACGACCGAGCAACAGCAUCCUCUUAGGAAACAAACAGAAGCAGGAGAUAGGAGAAUAUAACUGCCUUCAGUUUCAGCAGAUCUGCUCAGGACAGGUGAACCGCACACAGCUCAGACUGCACUUCAGCUGUUAAAACACUGCGUGAUGAAGACUCCACUGUGGACAAUACUGUUGCUUGGACUGUGUAACCCAGCAUGGUGUGACUGCCAGAAGGAUUGCCUCUUCUGCAGCCAAAAACUGCCUAAUGAAUAUGCCUUCAGUAAUUUGGUGUGUCUGGUGGAGUGUCAUGGUAACCUUUCUCCAGGCGACACCUGGGAGAUGUGUCGCAGGACCAUUGUGGAGCAGAAACCAAAAGCCUUGCUAUCGGUUGGCAAUGGCAUGCUGAAAAGAGCAGAUGAGGAAGCGGACCCCUCUCUGCCUGUGGACCAGGAUGAUGGGCAGUAUUCUGAAACCCUCCAGAGGUUCGACCACAUAUCACAGGCCUUGGGAACGGAUGAUCAGGACCAAGAUAUGCAGCUCAGUAAAAAAUACAAGUUCCUGCAAGUACAGUCAGCACAAGAAUCUGAGGAAGAGCGAGAUAGAGAUAGCGAGAUGGAAGGCGAGGAGGAAGAGGCUGCCGUCCACCUAAUAAAACGCUUUGGAGGCUUCCUCAAAAACAAGUAUGGCUACAGGAAGUUCAUGGAUCCUGGAAGGUCUUUGCAAAAAAGAUAUGGGGGUUUCAUAGGCGUCCGCCAGUCCGCCCGCAAGUGGAACAACCAGAAGCGCUUUAGCGAGUUCCUCAAGCAGUAUUUGGGCAUGAGUACUCGAGCUAGUGAGUUUAAUAGUAUGUCUGCUGAUGUCACCCAACAGAAUGAAUAAGCUUUGACCUUUGAAGUGAAUAAACUUACCAAGCAAACCAUUUGUCAUGCUCAUUCGAAAGAUAUCAUGCACCGUUCUCCUCAAACACAAAAAGCUCUCAUAGUGCCACAGGGUUAGAUGUGCAUUUACUCAAUGAAGCAUCUAAUCUGUGUCAAACAAAGCUUACAUUAAGUGAUAUUAGCUUGCAAUUUGACUAAAACUCUUCAGAUUCGAUUUGAGACAUCUAUAGAUUGCAUUAGAUGAUUGGUAUUGCAUAUGAUGGCCCCUGUAGUUUAAUUAUACCAUAGACAGUAAAAGAAUUAUACAGUGUGUAAAGCCAUUUGAAAACGUUACUGUUUCCAAAUUCAUCUCCUCUAUGAUACUGCCACCUACUGGUCAAUGAGAGUUACCAUAAUGAAAUCUCCAUGAAAAUACUUGAAAUCGAGGUGGAAUGUCAUAUAGAGAGGUAAUUACUAGGCAAAAUAGAAUUAUUAAAGGAUUAGUUCACCAAAAAUGAAAAAAUCGCCAUGGCUCACUCACCCUCACGUCAUUUAGAGCUCCAAACAGAACGUAAAUCAGAAUUAAAGUCUAAUGAAAGCAUAAGAAACAGACAAAAAUGUAAGUGUGCAAACUUAAAAAAA